UCUUAAACAUCACAUUCCAAAUACUUAGAUUCUUUCUCCUUUUGUCUUUUUGAAGAUCAAUGGCUGAGAGUGUCGUUCUCUUGGACUUCUGGGCCAGCGAUUUUGCGCAGAGGGUCCGAAUCGCAUUAGCUGAGAAGGGGGUGGAAUUCGAAGACAAGGAACAGGAGGAUCUUUUCAAGAAUAAGAGCCCUCUCCUCCUUCAAUCCAAUCCCGUCCACAAGAAGAUUCCUGUCCUCAUCCACAACGGAAGGCCCAUCUGCGAAUCUCUCAUCAUCGUCCAAUACAUCGAUGAGGUUUGGACGGACGGAUCACCGUUGAUGCCCAAAGAUCCUUACCAACGGGCCAACGCCAGAUUUUGGGCUGACUACGUAGACAAGAAGGUAUAUCCAAGUGGGAUAGCAAUAUUGAAAAAUAAAGGCGAAGCUAAGGAAGCAGCAAAGAAAGAAUUUAUCGCGUGCUUGAAAUUGUUGGAAGGUGAACUCAAAGAGAAGCCAUUUUUUGGAGGUGAUUGCUUUGGGUUGGUGGAUAUUGCCCUCAUUCCCUUUUCUGGUUGGUUUUACAUCCACAAGACUAAUGGGUAUUUCAAUGUGGAGGAGGAAUGCCCGACAUUGAUGGGGUGGGUGAAGAGGUGUAUGGAGAGGGAGAGUGUGUCGAAGACUCUUCCGGACCGACGCAAGCUCUAUGACUUUGUGGAGUCUAUGUGGAAGAAAUCUGAGACUCAAUAAGAAUAGAAGAUUAAAAAGAGAUUGGAAGGCUUUUACAAAAUAAUAUGUUAGAUAGAAUCUUGUUUUUAACUAUAUAUAUCUUUGGUUGUGUUUGUUUUGUUUUUUAAUAUUAUUCCUCAUAAUAGAAAUAAUUGGAGUUUGGAUUUGGUAUGACAAAUAUCACUGAGAUUCCAAAUAUCUCACAGUAUUUUUGGAAAAAUAUAACAAUUGAUGAUCACAAAAAUAUUUCAAAAGGUA